AUGGAUCCAAAAGAAUAAAUCUAGCAGUGCCAAAUACUUAAUCCAGUCAAUUCCUCUAACAUGGAUGAUUAAGAAAUUUGCUCUGUACAAGGCUCCCACAGUAAUAAUGACUCUGACUCGUCUUUCAGUUUAGCAGAGCAGGAGCAGGAAUGUAAGAAAUUAUUGAUUUAAUCAUCAAAUGAACAAGAGAUGACAAAAAGAAGAAGAGGUAAGCACGGCCUCAAGUAUGCAAAAAUAACCAACGAUUAGAGAGAGGGUUUGAUCAAAUAAGUCACAUAAACUGGAUGUACAAUAAAGAGUGCAGCAUAAUAACUUGGUAUCAACUUCUCAACAGCAAAGGCGAUCAUGUAGAUUUUCAAGAAGGAAGGAAGAUCUUGUAAAAAAGUCAUUCGUAAGAACAAAAAAAGACAAAGUUAAAUGUACAAAAGACUCAAUGUAGUAACAAAAGACUAAAGUAUUGGAGAGGAAAAUGAAUUAAAGAAAUAGACAGAUGAAAUUGCAAAGGAAAUAACGCAGCAACCUAUCUAAGUCAUGGAAGACUAAAACAAAUAAUAACUUAUGCUCAUCCAAUAACUGACAAAUCAGAAUUUGUUAUAUUAAGUUUAAGUGUCAAAUUUAUAUCAAGAGAAUGUUGUUUUAUCCUCAAAGUAUUAGACUCUAUGUUCAUAGUAUUCGUAAUUGUAGAAUAUGAUGUAAUAAAUAAUUAUGAAAACAUAAAGUCCAUUAGUUCCAUUUAUUGUAUGAUUCUUAUUUUUAUUGUUCUCUAUUCUUUUUUAAAUAAACAUUA